GCUGCCGCCUUGCGGGGACCGCCGUGCCAGAGCCCCUGAGGGCCACUCUCGCGGAAGAAGAAGAGCUCCUCGGUUCUCCCCUCUUGGCCAGCCCCCCCCCCAGCACGGAUGAGCUUGCAGUAGGCCUCUGCUCUCUCCUCCGCCUCCAAGUCCGAGCGGCAGCCAAGUCCGAGCGGCCCCAUGGAGAAGGCCCACGGGAUAUUCGCCGAGGACUUCGGGGGCUUCCGGAGGCCCCGCAACGAGCCCUUGGGGUUCUCAGCAGGCCGUGCCGGAGGAAACAUGGGGAACAUUAAGACUCUGGGGGACACCUACCAGUUCUCGGUGGACGUCAGCGACUUCUCUCCGGAAGACAUUGUCAUCACCACCUCGAGAAACCAGAUCGAAGUCCAUGCGGAGAAGCUGGCUCCUGACGGGACCCUGGCGAACACCUUCACCCACAAGUGCCAGCUCCCCGAAGACGUGGACCCCACCUCCGUGACCUCCGUGCUGGGCGUGGACGGCUCCCUCACCAUCAAGGCGCGGAGGGGCCCACCGAGGCAGCCGGAGCACGGCCAGCAGACCUUCCGGACUGAGAUUAAAAUCUGAAGGAGGGGCCGGGGGGCCGCCUUCGGAAUUCUCUCUGUA